GUUUUUCUCCUCUCACUUACACGACAUUAGUGCUGUUGUUGAGGUUUAUUUUGCACAGGCCAGUCAGCGUUUCUUGUGUGAUAUUCGUGUUGUCAUGUCAGCGUCGUUUAAACAAGCCCACAGGCUGAUGUGUUGUUGGCUAAGCUAGUUAGCUCGCCUCAUUUGUUUACAUUAGUUUGUCCAGCUGCUCACUGAACUGAUCUGCUCUCAGACGCAGGUUUGAACAGGUUGGAGGUCAGUGCAAAACGCUUUUAUGAUGGAAAAUUCCCACAAAAAAACAAGUGACUACCUGAGAUGUUUUCUAGAAUGACGGCAGUCAAAUAGGAGGAGGGAUGAGGGACUUUGGGCCAGCAGAGCUGGUCGCAGGCCUCUGUCACACAGACGAGCAGAAUCCUUUCCCUGUGUGGCAGAACGGACACAUCAGCUCUUGUUUUAACCAGCUCGUCCUCGGAGUCUUGCCUCAUGCAGGGUUGGCAGUAUUCAGUGCCUGUUACCUCGGCAUGGCAAGAUGCAGCCUCCUCCAGACGUCUCCUCCCUGUGGUUGGACGCUCAGGUUGGUGUCAGCUCUGCUUGGUACACUGCUCUUCACUGCAGAUGUCAUCCUGGUGUGCCUCCUCCAGCAGGCGGACAUGUACCUGGAUGUCCUAGCUGACAGCUGUGCCAUUCUGGCAUGGCUGGUCCACUUCAGUGCCAUCACGGUGCUCCAGAGGACUGCUUUCAGGAGAACCAGAGGACCUCCACUGCUGCUUCUGCUGGUCCUUCUGUCUGUCCCAAACGUGGUCAUCACUUUGAUGACUUACUGUGACAGUCAGGACUAUUUGAACUUCACAGAACCUCUUAUAUUCACACGUUUUGUCCUUGCCUCAGCCCGAACGCUCCCCCUUCUAGUUUAUUUUCUGGCAUUUGCAUUUCCCUGCAUCAGGGAUGCUGGAUAUACUUUGUACAUCAAUGCUGUGGAUGGAUCCCCGCUCAUUCCAGAAAGCAUCCACCCGGACACAGGUGAGAUGGUGGCCGAGGACGGGAGCGGCUGCUUCUCCCGGCUCUUCUACCUGUGGUUGACUCCUCUUCUCAAACGAGGGCAGCGAGGGGAGCUGGACAGACCAACUGACGUUUAUCACCUCCCUCGAAAACUUCGGACCAGUGUCGUUUGUCGAUAUUUCCAACAGUGCUGGGAAGCCUGUCGACGAGGGGCAGCAGUCAGCAACGGACAGGAUCAGUGGCCCAGGCCGGUGAGCAGAAACCUCCUGAGUGGCACUUGGAGUUCACACUACCAGGAGGAACCACUGGAGCUGCAGGGUGAUGUAGGACUACUGAGAGUGUUGCACAAGGCGUUUGGGUUGCGGUACUACAUGCUUGGUGUGCUGAAGGUGGUGAUCAGCAUGCUGAGCUUCGCAGGUCCGCUGCUCCUCAGCAGUCUGGUGAACUUUAUGGAAGAAGAGGGUGCUCCAGUCAGCACAGGUGUCUGGUGCGCUGUGGGUCUCUUUGCCACCACUCUUCUCUCUUCCAUCCUCCGAAACAUCUUUGUCUUCGAGGUCUCUAAGGUGGCACUGUCAGCCCGCGCCGCUCUUGUGUCAGCCAUCUAUGGCAAAGCCCUGCAGGUCAGCGGCAGCAGCCUCGCCGGCUUUGCUCUAGGAGAGGUUGUGAACUUAAUGAGCACGGACACUGACCGCGUGGUCAACUUCUUCAACAGUUUCCACGAGCUGUGGAGCAUGCCCUUCCAGUUUAUUAUUACCCUAUACUUGCUGUAUCUGCAGGUGGGUGUGGCUUUUCUCGGAGGGCUGGGCGUGGCACUGCUGCUGGUGCCGUUCAACAAGUUCCUCGCUUCCCGUAUCCUUAGCAACAACAAACACAUGCUCAGGUACAAGGACAGUCGUGUUAAGUUGAUGACCGAGAUCCUCUUUGGCAUUCGUGUCAUCAAGUUCUACAACUGGGAGUCUCAUUUUACUCAGAAGGUCGCCGACUGUCGUAAACAUGAGCUGUCCCACCUCAAGGCCAUCAAGUACCUGGAUGCCAUGUGUGUUUACACCUGGGCUGCUCUGCCUGUUGUCAUCUCCAUCCUUACCUUUGUCACAUACGUGCUGUUGGGACAUCAGCUGACUGCAGCCAAGGUGUUCACCACGCUGGCUCUGGUGGGAAUGUUGAUAGUCCCACUCAACGCUUUCCCCUGGGUACUCAAUGGCAUCCUGGAGGCCAAAGUGUCUCUGGAGCGAAUCCAGCGCUUCUUCAAACUGACCAACCAGGACCUGCAGGCGUACUAUGCCCUGUUGACUCCUGAAGACAGUCAGACAUCGAUCCUGUUGAGCCAUGGGAAAUUUUCCUGGCAGGGGCCUGACAGUCCCAAAGAGGGGGAACCUGAAACUGGAGCUGCUAAAGAAAGUCUGCUGCUGCACAGCCUCAGUCUACACAUAACCAAGGGCUCUCUGGUUGUUGUGGUGGGGAAGGUCGGCUGUGGGAAGAGUUCCUUACUGGCUGCUCUCACUGGAGAACUCAGCAGGCUGAGUGGAGUUGUGUAUGUCGCAGACAGAGAGGCCGGCUUUGGUCUGGCAUCUCAGGAGCCGUGGAUCCAGCACGCAUCAGUACGGGACAACAUCCUGUUUGGCAAAGACUACGAUCCUGCCUUCUACCGGGCUGUGAUUGAAGCCUGUGCUCUCUCAGAUGACCUCAAUGUUUUGCCAAAUGGUGACAAGACAGAAGUCGGAGAGAACGGAGUGACUCUGAGCGGAGGGCAGAAGGCCCGAGUGGCUCUCGCCAGAGCUGUUUACAUGGACAAAGACAUCUACCUCCUUGAUGAUCCUUUGGCAGCAGUUGAUACCGACGUGGCCGAACACCUCAUGAAGAAAUGUAUCAUGGAGCUCCUCAGGGGAAAGACCAGAAUCCUCUGCACGCACCGGGUUGAAUUUGUGGACAAAGCUGACAUGGUGGUUCUCAUGGACAAUGGAACGAUCAUCAGAACAGGCACACCAGCAGAAAUCCUUCCUUUGGUCGAGGCGGUGCCGAAGAAACGGAAGAAUGACCACAACAUGAAGGAGAAAGAUGGUGUGGAGCAGGAGGAAGAGGAGACGGGUUCGCCCCCUGAUCUAUGUGUGGAUGAUCACCCUGACCUGUCAGGGGCAGAGCAGAAGCAGGUGGGCGGGCUGGCAUGGAGGGUUUACCAGACCUACUGGGUUGCUGUGGGUGGAGUGCUGGCUACUUCCAUCCUGAUGGCGCUGCUCCUCAUGCAAGUCUCGAAGAAUGUUUCUGACUGGUGGCUCUCGCACUGGAUCUCAGAGCUGAAGAACAAUGGUUCCACUAGAACAAAUGGUUCAUCCUCAGGUGCCUUUAGCUCACCUCACCUGCUGCUAUUCUCACCUGGAGGGUUAAUGUCUCCUCUGUCCUCCUCUGUGCAAACGUUUCCUUCAAACAACGUGAGCUCCGAUGUCAAAUUUUACCUGACAGUGUACAGCUCCAUUGCUGUGGCCAACACUGUCUUCACUGCCCUCCGAGCCUUUCUCUUUGCCUAUGGAGCCAUCUGCGCCGCCACAGCCAUCCACAACAGACUUCUGGACCGGGUCCUUAAGGCCACGGUAACCUUCUUCGACACCACCCCGAUGGGUCGUGUUCUCAACCGUUUCUCUUCAGACCUGUACAGCGUGGACGACAGCCUGCCGUUCAUCCUGAACAUCCUGCUGGCGACGAUGUUCAGCCUGCUAGGCAUGCUGGUAAUUAUAGGUUAUGGCCUCCCCUGGGUCCUAGUACCCCUGCUGCCCCUUGCUCUGUUCUACCACCACACACAGCGCUUCUACCGACACACGUCUCGGGAGCUGAAGCGCCUGUGCAGCCUCACUCUGUCGCCCAUCUACUCGCACUUCUCUGAGACACUGACUGGGCUGGAAACCAUCCGGACCAGUCGCAGCUGUGCCAGAUUUCAGGAGGAGAGCGCCAGGCGCCUGGAACAGAACCAACGCUGCCUGUUCCUCAGCAACGCUGCCAUGCAGUGGCUGGACAUCCGCCUGCAGCUGAUUGGUGUCGCUGUAGUAACCGGCCUCGGUGUGAUUGCUGUCAUCCAGCACCAGUAUAAUUCUGUUGAUCCAGGUCUGGUAGGUCUGUCCCUGUCCUACGCCCUGUCCAUCACAUCGCUGCUGUCUGGACUCAUAUUCAGCUUUACCCAGACUGAGAUGCAGCUGGUGAGUGUGGAGAGAACUGAGGAGUACUCCACCGGCCUCCCCACUGAGCCUCAGCACCAGAACGCACAGCUGUCCCCAGCGUGGCCCGAGCAGGGAUGGUUGGAGUUCCGUGCUGUGGUUUUGGCCUACAGGGAAGGUCUUCCCAAUGCUCUGGACGGGGUGAGCCUAGUAAUGCGACCUGGGGAGAAGGUGGGCAUCGUGGGACGUACGGGCUCCGGCAAGUCCACCCUGUUCCUGGCACUGUUCCGUAUGGUGGAGCUGAACCAGGGUCAGAUUCUCCUGGAUGGGUUGGAUAUCAGCACUGUGGGCCUGGCUCAGCUCAGGUCCAGGUUGGCCAUUAUUCCCCAGGACCCCUUCCUGUUCAGUGGGACCAUCAAGGAGAAUUUGGACCCAUGUGGGCGACACUCAGACCAGCAGUUGCUGGACGUCCUGGACCAGUGCCACCUCAGCUCUGUGGUCAACAGAAUGGGUGGUCUGGAUGCUGAGGUUGGAGAGAAAGGAAAAUCCUUCUCUGUGGGACAGAGGCAGCUGCUGUGUCUGGCCAGAGCUCUGCUGACCCAGGCCAAGCUCCUGUGUGUUGAUGAAGCCACAGCCAGUGUGGAUCAGAAGACGGACAAGUUGCUGCAACAGACCAUCAGAGAGAAGUUUCAGGACAAGACUGUCCUCACUAUUGCACACAGGAUCAACACCAUUAUGGACUGUGAUCGGGUUCUAGUGAUGCAUGCUGGGAAAGUUAUGGAGUUUGACACCCCGGCUGCUCUCUGCCAAACUGACCACUCCAUUUUCCAGAGGCUGGUUGGCUGAAAAUGAGACUGACAUGAUGAGAAAAUACACUGGAAGGAAAUCAAAAGAUUUAUUUUUAUAUUUUAUCCUGUGAAGGAUUUCUGAGUACUCGCUGCCUUUUUCGGUACCGUCCUGUUUCACGCACGUUUACAGCACACAUACUCUCUACUUCUACUUCUACUGUUGGAGCAGAGAGGCCGUGAAUGCCUUGCUUUCAGGGUACUGUUCCUAAUUUGAACCAGCAGUUUGGACUGGGAAUGAUAAUAUGAACAUGUUGACACUAUUCAUUUAAUUUUUCCUGAAUGCUGAGUAAAAACUUCACUUCCGUUAAAUGACUUUUUUUUGCCUGUUUGAUCUCAUUUUUUAACAAUGAAGCAAUUAAAGCAAUACAUUUGUAUUGCACAUCGGUAAAUUAAGAAUUUCUGCUGCUAUAAUUUGUUUUCAUUUAUUGGGGAACUGGCAGCAGGGCCAACAUAUUACUCUAUGCUCAACCAGCCCAUGUUGGCUGGUUUGUGUGGAGCCAGUAUGUUUUGUUUUUUUCUCUUUCUACUUUCUUUCUACUCUUUUGCAUGUGAAAAGAAAGAAAUAUAAAAUGCUACCAAACAUCUGGGACAUCUAAUUUAGAUUUCAGAUGUCAAAUACUCGCUGCUAAAUCUCAGACUGUGGAAAUAAAUUUAGUUGAGGAUACAGUUAUCUAAGAUUUUGUUGUACAAAAACUAUAUGUUACAAUAUCAUGUUACUGCAAUGAAUUUAUGAAGAAAAAAUCUGAAUGUACGAAUGAGAUGUCAGGUAUUACUGCAGGUUUAGUAUUUGUUAGGGAUGUAGCAAUAUCAAUCAUACAUACCUGUCUAACUCUGAUUUGGGUGAUAUACAGUAUGUCAGUAAUCUGUAAUCUUUAACUGGCUCCUUUUUAAAGUUGGAGUUAAUGAUGAGUCACUUUGUAAGGAUCAGAUUCCAUUCUUAUUAUUAUUAAUUAUUAUUAUUAUUAUUAUUAUUAUUAUUUUGAGAUUUGUAUAUGUGUUUUGUAAAAUGAGGUUUAAAUUUAAAACUGUCUAAACUGUUAAUUUACUAGCAGGUGAGAGAGAUUUUUCCUCUGUCCUUCCUCUGCUGGCUCUUCUGGGAACAACAUGAAGUUAGGGUACAUUUUUUGUUUUGUUUUAGUUUUUUCAAACCGCAUAUACUGGUUGGUUUUUAAGCCUUUUAUUUAGAUAGUGACAGCCAGAGAUAGACAGGAAACCGGGUUGAAACUGAACAAUGCAUGUAUUACCAGCUGAACUGAUUUGUUACCUGUUAGUAACUAAAGAUUAUCAGGGUAAGUUACCUGACCUGAGGCAAGCCACUAAAUAGUGAGCUGUUAUAACUGAAGGCAAUAUUAUAAGGAUAUCAUAGUCAGAUUUCAGUGUUACUCAGAGAUCAGCUUCAUCUUGACUAAAUCUAUCUUGGAAACUGAAUUGGUUUUACACAGAGUUCACAUCUUGGAGAUCAGGCUGUCUUUCAUAUUAAAGUCAUUCUGUCAAGUCUC